UAAUCAGUUGACUCUUCGAGGUGAGAUAAAAGUGCAAAAUGAUGAUAUCGAUUUUACUAUUUACAUUUUUGAGUGUAUUUCAUUUAGGAUCAUCCCUACAAUGUUACCAAUGCGACCUGGCAAAUAACCCGGCCUGCACGGCGUCUCUAAAUUCCACUAAAGACAUUGCAGCCGUAGAAUGCGGAAAACUUCCUCAACAAGUUAGUGAAAAUGAUCGCUCCUUAAUACGAUUUUUGCCACCAAAUUUCGAUGGACACUUGUCAACCACCAGGGAAGGAGUCGGAUUUCAAUGCGCAAAAAUUGUUGCCACGAAUAACAUUCAGGGUGGUUAUAAUAUCACGAGAAUUCUUCGAACAUGCAUUGUCGAUACCUUAAAUUGCGAGAAAAUUAAUGAAGACUUAAAACAAGAAGGAUUUUCUUCAAUGAUGUGCGCAACUUGCAACACAAAUUUAUGCAAUAGUUCUACUUCUUUAAGCAUCACAAUUUUAUUACCAUUUAUAUUAUUUUUAAUCACAAAAGCCACGUCUUAGGGAAAUAAUUUGAGUUAGAUGAAAAUUUUUCAAAGUCUUUCAAAAGUUUUCAUCAGAAUGCUGAUUAGUCGAUACACUUACAACAUGGUAUUAAAAAUAACUUUAUUUAAGUGAAUUCAAACACCAUUGAUUGAUUAAUUUAAAAUUAUCACCACUCGAUUUAGUAAAUCCAAAGUAAAGACCAUAACAACUCAUACUUUGUGUAUUUUUUAAAUACCAAUAUAAAAUUUCAUGUAUUAUUUGUUUCAAUUUAGCAUCAAUUAGAAUAGAAUCAAAAUAAAUAGUGAAUCUCAAUGUUUAACAAGUAGAUCAAUUGUUUUUCGACUUAUGCAUUGGUAAUAAAUUCAAGUGAUUUACUUUUAUGUUUAAUUAGUUAAUAACAGUAUAACAAUUUUUACUUCAAGCCAAUAAGCCGAUGCCAGCCAAUGUUACCUACAUUUAUGUACAUUUUAUUAAUAUUGUAUAAAUAAUGUAAAUUAUAAUAUCUUUUUAAUAAAAAUAUGCACAAAUAUAAAAA